AUAUAUUUUUAGUUUAUUGCUAAUAUUAUAAUUUCGAAAUUUUCGAAAUUUAAUAUAUAAUUAAUUUUUUAAAUAUAUUCUUUAAAUAAUUUAAAUAUAUAAUUAAUUUUUUAAAUAUAUUAUAUUUUUUAAAUAAUUUAUAAUUUUCGAAAUUUUAAUAUAUAAAAUCUCGAAAAUUUUUUAAAUUUUCAAAAUUUAAUAUAUUAUUGUUUUAAAUAUCAAAAAAUAUAUAUAUUAAAAUGUCGAGAGAGUCCAGUAGAAGGUCUGUGGAUAUGGGCGCCGUGAACAGAAGUUCGAGGAAAGGCAAAGCUAAAGCCACCUUCGACGGUUCGACCUCACGCGGUUCUCGAGGAAGACACUCCGUCUCUUCCUUUCCUAGUAUCCCCGAUCAAUUCAUGGGCGACGCUUUGACGGAUCAAGAAUUCGACCAGUACAUGUCAGGUAGAGGCGACGCGAAUCUCGAAACUCUUAAAAGUUUAUUCGAGGAUAUUGAUGAAGCAGGAAUGGACGGGGAGCCUACAGCGCACAACAACGACGUUGACGAGGAGGCACGUGAGCCUGAGACCUCUCAAGGUCCGGACAAAGGGAAGCGCGCUCAGCCUCCGACGAGUUCAAAUGGUACAACAGUAAGCUCGCACAACGAACUUGCUAUGUACCAAGGGGUGCCAUGCGAUUACGACGACGACGACGUGGAGUUUGACGUCCUCGGAUGGUGGAAGUGGAACGAACACAUGUUCCCAUGUCUCGGAAUGCUAGCAAGACAAGUGUUGUCCGUCCUAGUAUCAACCGUAGCAGUGGAACAAGAAUUCAGUGCAGGCGGCAACAUUCUAACCGACUUCCGAACAUCUCUUAGCGCUGAAUCUCUUGAAACACUUGUUUGCAACCGAGAUUGGCUCUUGGCAAGAUGUCGAGCUCAAGAGUCAAGGUACGAAUUCAAUUCCGAUCAUUACAUGAAUGCAACCACAGAUGGAAGUUCGAGUUCUGAGGAAUAAGUUAUAAACUUUUUUAUGUUAAUGUAGAUAUGUAAAUACGUAAUUAGUUUUUUUAGGUGAACGAUAUAUAAGCUUCUUCGAGGGUUUCUUUACGGUUCUUUACCUCGUUGCUUUUUUUGAACCGUCAGGAUAUUAAAUGUAGUUGUUCUUC